AUGGCGCAGGACAGCGACAUUCCAACUUUUAAGAUCGACCUCGCCCGAUCACCCGAGGAUCGAUAUGUAGACGUCGCGGCUACGUUUGGACCUCGAAUUCGUACUCUUGGUCAUGUUUUUGACGAGCUGCUCGAGUCGAUGCUGGGUUCCAAAUGGCUUGCUCGGAUCGCCAAGUUUCUCGCCAGGGUGUUUCUACGACGCGUGCACGAUGAAGAGGAAACGCGUGAGAUAAGAGGAUUUGCCAAGGUCGCUCGGUGCGAUCUCUUUCUCGUGGUGGCGCUCAACGUGUUUCUGGAUGUCAUGAUGGGCUGCACAGCUGGCUGCGUCAAGGUCAAGGGGAAACAAGUGCAGGAUGAGCGUCUGAUGCACUUUCGCACUCUUGACUGGGGGUUGGAUCCGCUGAGGGAUUUGGUGGUUGUGCUCGAGUAUGUAGACUCGUCCAAGGAUCCAGAUCAUGUCAUUGCCACGUCGAUUACAUAUGCUGGCUUUAUGGGAGUGUUGACUGGAGUAAAGGAGAAUUUGUCACUCUCUCUUAACUAUCGCCCGUUGCAUCUUUGCGACAACUCUCAUCUUAAGAAGCAUCAGCUUCUCGUUAUUCUUGGCUUCCGGCCUUCUGUGUCUUCUAUCCUAAGGCACACGCUCUUCAACCAGCAAAAGACAGAGACACCAUCUUCUCUCGUCGAAAGCGCCAAGCAACUAGCCGGUGUCCGGAGUGCACCAUGCUAUCUUACCCUAUGCGACGGAAACCAUGCAGUCGUGAUCGAAAAGGACCUCUUGACUGGUCGUCUCCGAGAGAACGACCGCUUCAUCGUACAGACAAACCACGACUCGUGCGAUGCCACAAGAUGCGGCACGGAACUACGCUCCGAACCAGUAACUCCCCACCCUGAACUCUGGCUCCGAGAUUCCAACGACCGCAUGGAUGUCAUCAGCGACAAGUGGAGUGACCACUGCAGCACGGAAGCCUCUAGCGAUGAUGAGGCUGUUGUGGUGGAUGACAACAAGAGCUCUGUCAAGCAGGAGACUCUGCGGGAUUGGAUGAUGGAUAAGAGGAUUUCGAAUGGGUUUACGCAUUUUGCUUGUAUUAUGGAUCCGGCUACGGGGAGGGUGCCUUGGUUGAGGAGGGGACCUGCUCCUGAGGUUAAGAUGGAUGCUGAGGAUGCGGCCAAGGAGUAG